AUGAAUAGUGAGGUUCGCAGUCUUAAUGCCGACUUGAUACAUAAUCACGACUUACACCCAGAACACCCCACUUCAAAGCUAAAAAGAUCUGCAUUUACCAAGCUAAGGAAAGCACAGUCUACUUCGAAACUAAGAAUCACCCAAAUUACUCAAAAUACUCAAAAUACGUUGGAUACUCAGGAACAGCAGAAUCACCUUCAUUUUUACCUUCACCAUACCCACCAUCAUCAUCAUCCCCACAACCACCGCCAUCAACUUAUUCCUUUGAAGAAGAAGAAAACAUCUGAUACCCAAAGAAUAGCAUUGCCGUCGCCAUCGCCAUCAUCAUCGACCCCUCCUGGAAACUAUAAUAAUACGACACAACCAACAACCUCAGAACCGGUAACUUCAACCUCAACAACAGUGACAUCUAGUACAUAUCUGGGUAAGAGCAAGAACAAGGACAAGAAAAGGAAUAGAAGUAGGAAGAAAUCACUACAGAGUUUGUCUACAGUAUGUCCUCCGUCAUCUACAGGUACCGCUUCCGCUAUUUCUACAAGUGUGAGUGCGAGUGCGAGUACAGAAUCAGGUUCAAGUUUUUUCAAAAAAAUAUCAAGCGAAUGGAACUCCCUUUUAAGGAGAUUAAAAUCUAUCUCGGAAGAGGUCUUCAAUCCCGAGGACAUUGUUGAUAAUUUAUUUAUCGAGACAGAUUCAGACGACCAUACGCUGUUGGAUAGACUAUUGCGUUCUUCAAGAGGUUACAAUUCAACAGAAGAAAAAUUUCUACAAGAUUACAAACGGUUUAAAAGUUUGGAUCAAAUGUAUGCUCAUUACAAUGAUAAUAAUGGCGGUGGAAUCAAUGAGGUGUCCACUACUACCAUCGCUGCCACUAGUAAUAAUAAUAAUAAUAAUAAUAACAGCAGCACAUUGAUCAACAACUAUGAUGUCGGAAGUUCAACAACGGUGGUGUCAGACCCACUAAGCUAUAAAAUUAGAACCACUUUGCAAGAUGUUAUAAGAAAUCAAUCUACUUCUACGACAGCCAUUAAUCUUUAUCAGUAUCAAAAUAUUGAUGAGUUCAAUCUGGAUGAAGAAGAAGAAGGAGGUUCUGAAGUUGAAGGCUCGAUGCCUUUAGACGAUAAUGCAGACACAGCGACGUCAACAAUCACAAACGAAAUUGUGUAUAAUGAUAUUGAUUUUAUAUUGUUACGAAAGGAAUUUGAAGCCAUGGUUUCAUCAACAAACCCAAAAUCAGCCAACACCAAUACCAACACCAACACAUCAGACUCAGACGUAAAUUCAAGAUUAACUUUUGCAAAAACGCAACCACUGCAGGUGAUAGCACCCAACAUCAAUAUAGGGUCAACAUUAUGGGAUUACAGGCGUAAAAAAUGGUUGCAGUGCACAAACAAUCCACGCAAAAUUAGAGAACGAAUAAAUCGAAAUUCGAUAUCUCAUAUCCCUGAAGAAUCAUAUGCCAAGAUAUAUAAUAAUUUGAUUGAAAAAAACAAGUGUUUAAAAACCGAUAAACAUUUGAAUUUGAGUGAUUUGAUCAGCGUGAUUAAUGCAGGAUGGAUUGCUGAAGAAAAAUGGGAAAGAGCUGCUCGUGGUAUAGCUUGA